AUUUUCCAGAUGAGCUGUGUGGAGGGUCAGGGGCCAACAGCCUUGGCAAUUCUACACUACCCUGUGCUUGGCAUCAAAGUUCCAGGUGGACUUGGACCCGAGAUCUGCUGCCAUGGAUGUUGAGACUGACAGCUUGAGCUCUAUUGUUGACUCUCUCUCUCUUUGGGUCACUUCAUGAGGAGCUUCAUCAUUCCACUGGCAAUUGUGUUUCCCCAGCUUAAAGCUUUGUUCUGACAUGUGCACUUCACUCUACUGCCCGCUGCCAGCUGCAAGGGCCAGCCCCUUGUGCUCCAGGCAGCCAAUCACAGCUCCCAUUCAACGCCUCCCUUUUUUCCUUGUACCAGGACCCAGUUGGCAUCGGCUUCUAAAACGGUUACCUGUGAAGGCCGCGUUUGGGAGCAACCCUCCAUUAUCCAACGGCCACGACAUCGAAAACGACGUCGCCCGUGUCGCCAACUGUCUCCUGUGCUUCCUCGUGUUCCGACACUUCAUCAGUGAACAACAACACUCGAUAUCGCCCAACCCCUGCCACUCGGCGCGAACGCGCGCAUCUGCAUCCCGAAGCCAAGCAAGCCCCAACAUCCUUGACCGGACGCCUCCGUUCCAUUCGAAAUUCGACGUCAUCAAAUAUUCUCAGCCAUGCAUCGGCAAACACCAUCCAGAGCCCUCCUUCUCUGCACCCUUGCUGUCCUGAGUGGCAAGGCAGUCGCCGAGGAGGCUACAAAGACAGCCACCGCAUCCACGCCUGUAGUCACACCCUGUGUCGCAACAGCAACCACCGGCGCCGGCGCUUUCUUCGACCUACGACCCGACACCGCAGUAGUUGUGCCCGAGGGGGAGAAGCCACCAAAGGGCUCGCCUGUCGACGAUUAUGUGGCUAGAGGCUGGGAUUAUGGCUCAAACUUUACAUUGAACUUCUGCAGUCCCGUGGUGAAGGAGGUGGAGGAUGUCGUCGGACUUGACAAGGAUCUAUGGAAGAACGUGAGCGCAUACUAUGAAACCAAGGGCAAAAUAUAUGCUUUAGGAUUAUCAGACGGAAACCUAGUACCCCGAGGGCGCAAACUUGUCCUUCAAUAUACAGGGGGAUCCCCGUGUGGUCUAUCAGAUGAAAAGAACAGGGAAAAGAGAUGGGAGGUCCAUGACGGAGCGACAUACAAGUACCAUGAAUACGACGACGCCGACGACGACAACGACAACGACAACGACGGUGAAGACGCCGAGUCAAGGCGUGCAUCGAAAGACAAGGAUGAUGAUGACGAAGAUGAUGACAAGAAGGACAAGGGCAAGGAGAAGCCAAAAACACAACGUCGCAAGUCGGCCACAUUUUCUUUCCUUUGUGACAGGGACCCAGAUACACCUACGGCUGCUUCAUUUGUUGGCACAGAUCCGGAUGAGUGCGCCUACUUCUUCGAGGUCCGUUCAAUGCACGCAUGCUCUAUCGCCGAGCCCCACAAACCUGGUAGCGUUGGGCCUGGCAGUGUCUUUGCCAUUAUCUUCUUCAUCGCGGUCUUGGUCUACGUGGUUGGAGGUGUCUUUUACCAGCGCACAGUGGCCCACGCCAGGGGUUGGAGGCAGCUGCCCAACUACAGCCUGUGGGCUGGCAUCUGGAGCUUUGUCGUGGACAUGUUUACCAUAUUGACCUCAUCCUGCGGCCGCCUGAUCCCUCGUAGGAGAGGGUACCAUACACUGUCCGGAUCCCCAAGUGGGAGACGCCACAGUCGAGACGCCGAGAAUCGACUAAUUGAUCAGCUCGAUGAGGAAUGGGAUGACUGA